AUGUCGCAGAAGCCCAUCUUUGUGGCUACUCACCCGCGGGCAUGUUCCACGGCCUUUGAGCGAGUCUUCAUGACUCAGCGGGAUACCAUUCAGUGUGUCCACGAGCCGUUUGGCGAUGCCUUCUACUAUGGACCGGAGCGGUUGUCGACCAGAUUCGCCGACGACGAACAGGCCCGUCUGGACAGCGGAUUCAGCCAGUCGACGUUCAAGACCGUCCUGGAUCGCAUCGAGCGCGAAUCAUCUGAGAUACUUACCGACGAGCAGGGCAAGCGCAUCUUCAUCAAGGACAUAAUCCACUACCUCCUGCCACCGCACGGCCAACCCGCCAGCAUCGCGCCGUCCCUGCACCGCAUCAAGCGCGGCGUCGGCACGGAGACGGAGACGACCGGCGCGGUCGGCCCCAACGGCGAGGAGAAGGAAGUGCAACCUUCCCCAUACCCGUACGCGACGGCAGCAGAACCCGGCAACCCGACCGUGAUGCCACGGGCGCAGCUCUCGGAGUUCCACUUUGCGUUCCUGAUCCGCGACCCGCAUUACAGUGUACCGUCGUACUACCGGUGCACAAUCCCGCCGCUGGACGCGGUGACGGGAUUCCAGAACUACGACCCGUCGGAGGCCGGGUACGACGAGCUGCGGCGGACGUUCGACUACCUGCGGGCGACGCACCUGGUCGGGCCGCGGGUGGCGACGCGCGACGAUCUGACCGAGCACGAGCACGACUCGUCAGCUUCGUCGUCGCGGCCCGAGGGGGUGGAGAUCUGCGUCGUCGACGCAGACGACAUGCUGAAUAACCCUGCGCCGAUGAUCGAGGCGUUCUGCCGCAGCGUCGGGCUGAAGUAUGAUCCGUCGAUGCUGUGCUGGGACACGGAGGCGGACCAUGCGCAUGCGCGCGCUGCGUUCGAGAAGUGGAGGGGCUUUCAUAACGAUGCGAUCGAGUCUAAGGGCUUGGUGGGCCGGAAACAUCCCCGCGCCCAAAAAUCCGAAUCCGAGUUCGACGCCGAAUGGCUAGAGAAAUACGGCCCCGAAGGUGCCGCCCUGAUCCGCAAGACCGUCGACGCCAAUAUGGCCGAUUAUCUGCAUCUGAAGAGAUUCGCCAUGAAGGUCUAA